AUGUCAGGAGGCGGCAAGGAUCGUAUUGCUGUGUUUCCUUCACGAAUGGCUCAAACAGUAAUGAAAACACGUCUUCGCGCUGCUCAGAAAGGUCAUAGUUUAUUGAAAAAGAAAGCUGAUGCACUCAAUAUGCGCUUUCGUACAAUUUUAACUCAGAUUGUUGAGAAUAAACAGUUGAUGGGUGAGGUUUUACGGGAAGCGAGUUUUUCAUUGGCCGAGGCAAAAUUCACGGCCGGCGAUUUCUCGCAUAUGAUUAUACAAAAUGUCUCUCGUGCUCAGCAUCGAGUUCGAACAAGGAAGGAAAAUGUUGUUGGCGUAUUUCUACCUAUAUUUAGCUCAUAUGUUGAUGGUCCUGACACUUAUGAUUUAACCGGUCUUGGUAAAGGUGGCGCUAAUAUCACGAAACUUAAAAAAAAUUAUUAUAAAGCAGUUUCAUUGCUGGUCGAAUUGGCUACGCUUCAAACUUGUUUUAUCACUUUGGAUGAAGCAAUAAAAGUUACAAAUAGGCGUGUGAAUGCUAUUGAACACGUGAUUAUUCCUCGAGUAGAGAAUACACUUGCUUACAUAGUUACGGAGUUGGACGAGAUGGAAAGAGAAGAGUUUUACAGAAUGAAAAAGAUCCAAGCAAAAAAGAAAAAAGACCGAGCUGAAGCAGAAAAUAUAGCUGAACAGACACGAGCUGAGUUAAACAAAUUAGGAAUUACGCAAGCGGUUCCUAGGAAUAUCCUGGAAAAUGAUGAUGAUAUUCCUGUGCUUUUUACAUGA